UGUGCUUGAUCUCGUUUUACGGAAGGAGCCGAAAGGCGGCGAUUUGGGACCAGCCGAGUAAAACCAGUGCAGCAACCCACACCUGGAAACAGCCAGCAGAAAGUUUAACAGAUGGCUACCGCCCGGCUGGGGAGGAAAGUAAAGGAUAAUUUCCUGACGUGCUCCAUCUGCUUCAAGACCUACACAGACCCUUGUACACUGACCUGCCACCACACUUUCUGUCAGAGAUGUAUCACCAAGUACAUCCAAACCAGACCAGUUGCUUUACAGUCCAAGACGAUCCCCUGUGCCUUCUGUCAACAAGAUACCAAGGUCCCCAACCCCAGCAGGCCAGUGGAGGAGUGGGCGGGGCAGAUCAAACCCAGCAUCAUUAUACAGGGGCUGAUUGACACCUUCAGGACCGAGGAACAUGUGCCAGAGAAGUCAAGCACCUGUUGUACGAUCUGUCAGCAAAUAGGGGAGACAACUCCAGGUGCCUUGUGGUGUCCUGAGUGUGAAGUGGCCCUCUGUGACAGAUGUGUGAAGACACACCGGGUGAGCCCUACGUCACAGAACCAUGACCUGUGUGACAUGUCAUCUAGGCCAACGGUCAAACGGAGGGUCAAGUGUACAGAGCACAAGAGUAGCAAUGUCGAGUUCCACUGUAAAGACUGUCAGAAGGCUGCUUGUCAGACAUGUUGUAUCAUCUACCACAGAACUUGUAAAACUGUCGUCACCAUUGAGUCUAUGAAGCUAGAGAUGAAGACAGCUCUGCUGGAGAAGAGAUUUGACAUGGGGAAGAGACUGAAAGUGAGGUCGAAGAAAAUAAAGAUGAAAAACCAGAAACUACAAAAUAGUUUCAGAAUCACUGACUCAGUUGGUCAGAAUAUUAAAUCAAUCUGUCAAACAGCUAUAAACAAGAUUAAACAGAAAGAAACAAAACUCUUGGAUGAACUGAAUCACAUAACACAGACGUACGCCGGUCAACUCCACUCCGGUGUGAAACUUGAAGAGAUUGAGAUGCAGAUGUACAGACAACAUUGUGAGUUCAUUGACCAGGCCUUGGUAUCGGACUGUGAGAUGGACCUGUAUGACGCGUAUCAGGCCUGGGAGUCGGGGGCUGUAGAGAAGGGGGAUGUCAGGGACAAAGACACAGUAGACACACGGAGAAUAGAUGACAUCAUGUUUACACCUGACACUGACAACGUCCAGCACAUCCUAGAUGACCUACAGCUGGGGAAGAUUGACGUCACAUACCAGGACCAGGGCACACGUCUGCCGUCUCCAGUGCUGGUUGACACGAUAGACGGGAGGAUGGCGGAUGAUGAAGAUAAGCCUUAUCUACGUGACGUCACAGUCCUGGUUGUCAAUGGUAUACAUACAUGUGUUGUCACUGACUUCAAUAACACGUGUGUGAAAUCUUUCUACACAAGAAACAAUAAUCCAUGUCAAAGUAGACUUCCCCUGGUUUACCCGCCAUUGGGAAUAACACAGUUAAAGGAGAACCAGGUGAUGGUUGCUGUCCCUGAAUUCAGUGAGAUUGUAACAGUAGAAGUGACCCCUGACCUUGUGCUGCUCUCUACCAUCACAACAAGCAAGGUGUACUACAGUCUCGCUGUUCUGAGUCCUUCAUCUCUAGCAGCAGGUGGUAUUGCCUAUGUUGAUAUCUUGGACAUGGCGGGACACGUGCUGAGGUCAAUGACAACACACAACAAGACACUGUUUAGCUACCCCACCUGCAUGUGUGUCAACAACAAGGGCAACAUACUCGUGUCUGACUGGGGGAAGCAGUCUGUGACAUGUCUGACGUCAGAGGGGCAUGUUGUGUGGAGAUACGCCCCUACCGGAGACAGAGCACUCGGUCAACCUCGUGGUAUCACAACUACCAGCACAGGAGACAUCCUGCUCGUAGACGGGAACACCAACAAGGUGAUACAGCUGACAGAGUCGGGGGAGUAUGUCAGGAAUGUCCUAACGUCAAAAGAUAUGUGUGAUAUAUCUUGUGAUAAAUACGGAUCCCUCUUUCUCUGUACAAACACGGAAGUGAAAGAGUAUAUGUCUGAUAGAAAGCGAAAGAUGAAGGUUUAGUCUAGAGCUGUGGCUUCAAUUUUUCGCAUUGACUGCAUGUGACAUGAUGUGUAUGGGGUUACUCUGGAAAUAUUUAUAUGAAAAUGGUUAAACCAAAUGAUAUGCCAUAAACAUGUGUGUAAGAGUGGGCGGUUUUAUUUUUCCGACGGUUUCGACAAAAACAUAGCCAUGAACGUCAAAAUGGACUUACAUGCUCGCUGCUCCUAGUGUAGAAAAACAACAGUAGAAGUAAUAAUUUUGUGGUGUAGUUUUUAAUUCGAUCAUAAUCAACAUCAAUGUGUUGAAAUCUAAAAGACGCACGAUAGCUAUGUGCGUGCGUGGAUUCAACAUUCUCCUCAAGAUUAGAUCCCAUCUCUUUGUUCCAUGAUGAAAUCCGCCGUUUGAACGGAACACACCAUGAUUGUGACAAGAAAUCUACAAAGAACGAUUUGUUAAUUUAGGGGUAAUCGCUGAUGACAAACAUCAUUGUAACUUUGCCCACACAAUGCAGAAAUAUUCUGAUCUUGAAUGUUAAUAUUUGGUAAGCAUUAAACUCUUCAAUCCUUCUUAUGCGAAUUAUUAAUUAUGCAAUGGGCCUAAUUCCCCAUUUCAAGAAAUAAAUCCUUGCUGUAUUU